CCACAGCCAUCCCGUCACCAGGGUCACAUAGAUUGGGGGAGGAGGUGGGUGCAAAUUUGAAAAGAAGUCCAGGUUAAGAAAUCCUUCAUGCUCACAGAUUAGGACAGGAGUGGCAGGUGAAAUUCGGUGCGACGGUCAGUUGUCACUGCAGUGUUCAGGAUGGCGAGAAGGAGGCGAAGCAAAGGGAACAAUGCUCAACAGCAACAGAAUGCACCCAACCGAAGAGGACGCGCUCAGAAGGCCCUGCGGGAGCCAGCGGUCUAUGCCAAGCCAACAGGCUUUGAGUCUGAGGUUCCCCAUGAAAAACUGACAAUUACUCAAGCGCGGAAGGGAACACCAGCUAACCGCCCAGUGAGAGUCUACGCUGAUGGAAUAUUUGAUCUUUUCCACUCGGGACACGCUCGAGCUCUGAUGCAGGCCAAAAAUGUGUUCCCCAACACACACUUGAUUGUCGGAGUGUGCAGUGAUGAGCUUACACAUAAGUUCAAGGGCUACACGGUGAUGACGGAGGAUGAACGCUAUGAUGCCCUCACGCACUGCCGAUAUGUUGACGAGGUGGUGCGGGACGCACCCUGGACCCUCAGCACAGAGUUUCUCAAGAAACACAAGAUUGACUUUGUGGCCCAUGAUGACAUACCGUACACCUCUGCUGGAUCAGAAGACGUCUAUAAGCACAUCAAGGAAGCAGGAAUGUUUGUUGCCACCGAGAGGACAGAAGGUAUCUCCACGUCUGAUUUGAUCACUCGCAUAGUCCGAGACUAUGACAUCUAUGUCAGGCGCAAUCUGCAAAGAGGCUACACAGCCCGGGAGCUCAAUGUUGGGUUCAUCAAGGAGAAUACGUAUCGGCUCCAGAACCAAGUGGACAAGAUGAAGGAAACGGUCCGAACUGUAGAGGAAAAGUCGAAACACUUUGUCAACAGGGUGGAGGAGAAGAGCCAGGACCUCAUUCACAAAUGGGAGGAGAAAUCACGAGAGUUCAUUGGCAAUUUCUUGGAACUUUUUGGUCCAGAUGGAGCAUGGCAUGCAAUCCAGGAGCGAAGUGGCCGCAUGCUCCAGGCACUCUCUCCAUACUCGUCGCCUCGAGGCUCCCCCAGCAGCAGCCCCACCAGGGCAAACUCACCCCCUCCGGGCUCCCCAACCAGCGCUGCUUUACGACCCUCUUCCCCUACCUCCCCCCCCUCACGCAAAAAGAGGGCAGCACGUUCUUCAGUUAAAGUGGCUUCCGCAAACAGAAGACCUGUUCAAUAAGCCUUUUGCUGAUUUUUAUCUCUUAAAUUAUAAUUAAUAAUCUACCUGAUGACUAUUUGUUCAAAAUAAGAUGUACAAAUGAGGUUAUUUAACAUUUUUGUUUGUCAAUGUGAUGUAAUAAUGUACAUAGCUUGUUGCAGACAAAUAAGGCAUAUUAUUAAAAUAAUAAAGUUUAGUCUGAAUGUAA